AUGCUUUUCCACUCACAAUGUCGCUAUAACGGCGAAGAGACGGUGGCAGAGCUCCCGUCGCCCCUGGCAACUGGACAGGUUACGGCCGAGCCCCCGGCGGCGAGCGCCCCGCCAGCAGAGGUCGGCGUUGGAGGGAGGGGCUUCGAGUGCCCGGUCUGCGGGAAGACCUUCAGCCGGCGGUUUCACCUGACCAAGCACGCCGACUCCCACCGGGAGCAGCAGAACCCCAGGAGGUUCGGGGCCGCCGCCGGCCUGGAGUCGCACCUGCGGCGCCACGAGGAGGCUCCGCCCCACGGCGGCGAGCGGCCGCACCGCUGCGCGCUGUGCGGGAAAACGUUCGCCGGGCGGCGCUCGCUCCGGACGCACGCGGCCGUCCACCGGGGGAAGGCCUUCCGCUGCGAGACCUGCGGCGCCGGCUUCACGCUGCGGCAGAACCUGAAGCGGCACGCCCGCCUCCACACGGGGGAGAAACCCUACGGCUGCCAGGUGUGCGGGAAGAGGUUCCCGCAGGCCGGCAGGCUGAAGGCGCACAUGCUGCUCCACGGCGCCGCCAAGGCCUUCAUGUGCGACCUGUGCGGGAAGACCUUCCUGUACAACUGCCAGCUGAAGAAGCACCAGCAGGGAGUCCACGCCGACGCCGAGCCGCUCGCCAAUCGGCGGCGGCGGCGGCGGGAGCCGGGCAGCCGCCGGGUGGUCUACCGGCGCGACAAGACGCUGGUCAACAUGACGCCGUUCAGCUGCCCGACCUGCCAGCGGGGCUUCGACUCGGGCCGCGCCCUGCGGAGGCACGAGCUCGUGCACGCCGGGAACCCGCAGUACAGCUGCCCCCAGUGCGGGAAGUCCUUCUUCUACAAAGCCACCUACGAGUACCACCGGCGGCUCCACUCGGGGGAGCGGCCCUUCGGCUGCGACGUCUGCGGGAAGACCUUCAUCGUCCGCCAGGCCCUGAAGUCCCACCGGCUGCAGCACUCCGGGGAGAAACCGCACGGGUGCGAGCAGUGCGGGAAAGCCUUCCGGAUCUACACCAACUACCUGCGGCACCUGCGGGUCCACACGGGCGAGAAGCCCUACGAGUGCGAGGUGUGCGGCGCCCGCUUCCGGCAGCUGGGACACGUCAAGUUUCACAUGCAGGUCCACACCAAGGAGAGACCCUACCCCUGCAGCGGCUGCGGCCGCCGCUUCUCCGACUCUAGGCUGCUCAAGAGACACAGCUGCGGCCUUCCAGUGCUCCCAGGCUUCACCCUGCGGCAGCUGCUGCGGAACCACCAGCGGCUGCACGCCGCCGUGCGCCCCUUCGCCUGCGAGCUGUGCGGCAAGAGCUUCUACCGGGCGCACGGGCUGAAGAUGCACGGGGCCCGGGCGCUGGCCUGCGUGGCGUGCGGCGCGGCGGCGGCCUGCGUGGACUCGCUGCGCCGCCACCUGCAGACGCACGCCGCCGGCAUCCCCUGCGGCUGCGCGCUGUGCGGCCGGCGGCUGUGCUCCAUCACCGAGCUGCGCGCGCACCAGCAGGAGCACACGGUGGAGAAGCCGCACGGCUGCGAGGUGUGCGGGAAGAGCUUCAAGUCGCCCAGCUACCUGAAGGUCCACCGGAAGGUGCACAGCGGGGAGCGGCCCUUCGCCUGCGACACCUGCGGCCGCAUGUUCACGCAGCACAGCAGCCUCAAGUCCCACCAGGCGGUCCACACCGGGGAGAAAUCCUUCAGCUGCGACACCUGCGGGAAAUCCUUCAGCAACUCGGGCAACCUGAACCGGCACCAGCGCAUCCACACCGGCGAGAAGCCCUUCAGCUGCGACACCUGCGGGCGCAGCUUCAACCAGGGCAACAGCCUGAAGGCCCACCAGCAGAUCCACAGCGGACACAAGCAGUUCAUGUGCGACCGCUGUGGCAAGAGCUUCUCCUACCUCAGGAACCUGAAGGACCACAAGUGCUUCUACGUCUGA